UAAAUAUUAUUUUAAUGUCUUUUGAAAGGAUUGUCCAAAUAUAAAUUGUAUUAUUAAUAAAUACACCCUUUUUUGGUCAGAUAGUUUGUUUUUGUUAAUCGGUCCAAUUUUAUUCACAGGUCACAAGACCCGAUAGAUCUGAUCUAUAGCACAGCUUCUAUCAAAUUUUUGGCGCUCAUUUGAUAAUGAAUUAUGACGUGGCACUCACGUGGACAAACUAACCGACUCUGACGACGCUAGAAUCCUUUCGUCUUCUUCUCUUCAACAGCUUCCCCCCCAUUUUCUCUGUGUCUCUCUCUGUUUUUCUUUUUCUUUUUUCUCGAGAAACUCUUACCGUUAGAAAGAAAAGCGCCAUUAUUGUUUCCCUCCAUUGUUCAACAAUAAACAACCCUGAUCUUUGAGACGGAGCAAUCAAAGGUUCAAGAAGCGGAGAAAAAGAAAGAAACUGAUCGAGAGCCGCCGAUGAAAGCAGAGGAACCAAACGCCGCAUGUGUGUCAGCUCUUCAUAUGAUACUCGAGUCUCUGAUGAGAACCACCAUGUUCUCAUGCGAUCUCUCGAUAACACUUUAUCCAGAAACACAUGAGAGAUUCAUACAAGACUACUUGGACCAGUUUUACCAUCUCUUUCUCGACAAACUAAGUCUUAUGGAAGAAAAUGGUGGUGUUUCUGAGAUUUUGAUAAACGUCUUGGAGAUUCUGCCUGGCUGGAACCGUCACUUAGGAUUCGAAGACCGGGUGAAAAUGAAGUGCACUAGAUGCAAGAUGGAUAUUCAAUAUCCACCACCACAACCUUCUUUUGGUAUACUCAUCAUUGCCAAUUCACUCAGAGAAACCAAGGCAUAGUCAUCUCUUCUUUUAUUUUUUUUAACCUUUUUUUUAUCUUUUUAAAGAGCACAAGAACACCAGUCUAUUCAUAAUAAUAAGAUUAUGGUUUUGGUUAUCAUCAUUCAUCACAGUCUGCAUUCGAGGAUUUUACGUUUGAGAGAAUCCUUAAAUUCAUCAAGAUCAACUCUAUGGUGCCUUGCAAAACGGAAGGAUGUGAGAAACUAAGCUACGUUGAUCAUAUUAUCCCUAUACUUCCUUCUGUUUUUACCAUUGCACUAGAGUGGGAGAACAAUGAGACUGGAGAAGAGAUACUUGCUACCACUUCUGUUCUCGCUACUGAAAUAGAUAUUAGUCAGAUUUACAAAUACGAAGGUGGAUCACCAGAGACCAAAUACAAUCUUGUGUCAAUGGUUUGCUCGCAUGGAGAUCAAUACGCUUGUGUUGCUUACUUUAACAAUCGAUGGGUCAUUUACUUUCCUUCUGAGCAACAAGUUAUAGGUGACUGGGAUAGUGUUAUCAACACUUUUAUACGACUGAAUAUGCGACCUGACAUUCUAUUUUUUGAAAACGAUAUGCAGAGGAAGCGGAUUGUGAACGCCCAGAUAAAUACACCAAGUGAUGUGAAAAAUACGUUUAUACAAAACUGGGACCAACUGCAAAAUUUUAUGUUUUCCCUUCAGCCUCAAUCCUCCUGAUUGGUAUGACGUAGUCACUGAAUAAAAGUACUAUUUUCUAAAUGCACAGCUUACUUCGGUUUGUUAUUAAGGAUACAGUGUGUUGUUAACGGAAGAUUUGUUUACUUUUCCCUCUGUGAGAUUGUAAUAUCUUCUAUCAAAUUUACCCUCUGUGA